CAGUCUGACAGCUGUUCGAUUGUAAAUACAACCUAGAGAUGGUCUUCGAUUGCCAAGAAAAAUAUGUAGAACCAAAAACUACAUAUUAUUAGAAAACAUUUUUUAAGGUGUAAAAUUGAAAAAUCAAAAUUUCGAAUAUAACAACGCUCUUGAGCGCUCGUUAAUCAACGUCGGCUGCGCCUGCUCGAAGCUGUCGUUUCUGUGCCGUGCCCGUUCGUGUCGGAAAAUCCAUCCCUAGGGCACAGUGUAUUUUCAUUUUCCAUUUGUUUUCCGUGGAAAGUGUCCGUUUCGUCUCUCGCAAAGCACACAAAUGUACACACCGCACGCCGGCCACUCGGAAAACCAGAGCUUCCUUUCGUCAGCCGCCGGCAGCCGGAGUCCGUAGAUCAGCCGGAUUUUCCGGGAUACGAUACGGAGUCCACCUCGUUCUCCGCCCUCUCCUGCUCCCCAACCUCCUGCCCCCCAACCUCCUGCCCCCCGCCCGCUCGCCCGCGCCGACUCGGUUACGGAACCAAUUAUAGCCACAGCGGGGCGAGAGCAUAUAGAAUCGCCAUAUAGAUGUUCAAGUUCGUGCUGAACGACGCCGCCAGCUACGUGCGAUCCAAUGUGCGGGAGUUCAGUCUGAAUGCGCUGCGCCUGCUGCCGCAACUGCCGCAGUUGAGUCCAUACGAUGUUAACCUAGUUCUAAGGGAGAACGAGUUCGUCUACAACUUCCCCGUGGACGGGGUGAUCCGCAGCUAUGAGACGAACCAGCUGGGCUCCAACUCGCCCUGCGAGGACUCGCGCACGGAGGCCAGUCUGCUGCACCGCAACGGCUUCAUCUGCGGCAUCUUCGACGGCCACGGCGGCGCCUCCUGUGGCCAGGUGGUGUCCAAGCGGCUGCUGCGCUACGUCUCGGCGGCCACGCUGCCGCGCCAGGUGCUCCGCGAGCAGAUGAAGCAGAACUGCAGCAGCCAGUCGUUCCUCAAGUGCCACAACGACAACGUGGACUUCGUCAGCGAGAUCAAGCCCAUCUACGAGGCCAGCUUCCUCAAGUACAUCAAGCAGCUGACGGAGACGCCGCAGCGGGAUGUGGCCAGCGAGCUGGUCAAUGCCUUCCUCCAGCUGGACGAGAACAUUGCCCAGGAGGCGCUGGCCAGCAGCGAUGUGCGCACCAUGAGCGUGGCGCUCUCCGGAGCCGUCGCCUGCCUGGUGCACAUCGAGGGCCUGCAGCUGCAUGUGGCCAGCACCGGCGACUGUGGCGCCGUGCUGGGCGUCCUCGAUCCGCAGACGCAGCAGUGGCAGCCCAGGAAGCUCAACACCGAGCACAAUGCGGACAACAUGGCCGAGGUGCGCCGCAUCCUGGCCGAGCAUCCCAAGGAGGAGCAGGAGACGGUGAUCCGCAAUGGCCGGCUGCUCAGCCAGCUGGCGCCGCUGCGUGCCUUCGGGGACUUCCGCUACAAGUGGUCCCUGGACAUUAUGCAGCAGAAGGUGCUGCCCAUGUUCGGCGAGCAGGCCAUGGCGCCGAACUACUACACGCCACCGUACCUUACCGCCCGGCCCGAUGUGCAGCAGCACGCACUGGGGCCCAACGACAAGUUUCUAGUCAUCGCCAGCGACGGCCUGUGGGACUUCCUCUCGCCCAGCGAGGUGGUCAGCCUGGUGGGGGAGCACAUCAACUCCAAGAAGAUCCUCGAGCCGAUGCGCCUGCCCGAGGGCGAGAUAACGCUGCAGGAAAUCUCCGAGCAGCUAGCCGAGCGCAAAGCUGGCCUCACCCGCAAGCCGGUGGACCAGAACGCGGCCACCCAUCUCAUCCGGCAUGCCCUGGGCGCCACCGACUACGGCAUCGAGCACUCCAAGAUCUCGUACUACCUGACGCUGCCCCAGGAUGUGGUGCGUCUGUACCGCGACGACAUCACCAUCACCGUCAUCUACUUCAACUCGGAGCACAUUGCCCAGCUGCAAGGCGAGGCGGCGGCGGCGGCGGAUCAGCCGGGGGUCACUGCGCCGGUAGCGUGAUCUCCGCCAGCAUGCCCAUGUGUAUAUUUAACGAGCUAACCUUCAGCCUCUAACUAGCCUAAGUGUUGCGUUUAAGUUUGUUUCAUCCGCCAACGGACCUCGGACGACUGCCGCGCCAAAUAAACCCACGCGGGAAGCGAAAGAUCACACA